AUGGUUGUUGCGGAGUUAGUCAAGAACUACCUGAAUGUAGAUCUGCCCAAGUACAUGGGAUUCUUCAAAAACCUGCUAGAGAAAAACAACACCGGCUACUUCGUUGGAAAUUCUUUGACCCUGGCUGACUUGGCCCUCUUCGACUUCCUGCGCAAUCUGCGCAAAAACCAGCCGACAGUGACAGACAACUUCCCCGUGGUCAAAGCUCUCACGGAGCGAGUGGACAGCAACCCCAAGAUCCGAGACUACCUGAACAACAGAAAACCUCUCCCCCAGUGACCCCUCCCCCCUCAAUGACCCCUCACC